GCAGAACCGCGGUCUGGUUGGCCGGCAAGCCGUGGCGCGCAGAGCGAGCUGCGCGACGGGCAGAGGGCCAUGGCCUCCUCUGCGGGCUCCGCGGGCGUCGGCGGCGCCGGAGGAUUACACGGCUCCAGUCCCUCGGGCUUCUUCUUCGACUCGGGACUCGAGAUCAAAACUCGCUCGGUGGAGCAGACGCUGCUCCCGCUGGUUUCUCAGAUUACCACACUUAUUAAUCAUAAAGAUAAUACAAAAAAGUCGGAUAAAACUCUGCAAGCAAUUCAGCGUGUAGGACAAGCCGUCAACUUGGCUGUUGGAAGAUUUGUAAAAGUAGGGAAAGCUAUAGCCAAUGAAAACUGGGAUUUGAAAGAAGAAAUAAAUAUUGCCUGUAUUGAAGCUAAACAAGCAGGAGAAACAAUUGCAGCACUUACAGAUGCCACCAACUUGAGUCAUUCAGAAUCUGAUGGCCAGAUCACCAUUUUCACAGACAAAACAGGAGUUAUAAAGGCUGCAAGACUCCUUCUUUCUUCAGUGACAAAGGUGUUGUUGCUGGCAGACCGAGUAGUUGUUAAACAGAUAAUAACAUCACGAAAUAAGGUUUUUGCAACUAUGGAAAGACUAGAGAAAGUGAAUAGCUUUCAAGAGUUUGUCCAAAUUUUCAGUCAGUUUGGAAAUGAAAUGGUGGAGUUUGCACAUCUGACUGGAGAUAGACAAAAUGAUUUGAAAGAUGAAAAGAAAAAGGCAAAAAUGGCAGCAGCCAGGGCAGUUCUUGAAAAGGGUACAAUGAUGCUUCUCACAGCUUCAAAGACAUGUCUCAGGCAUCCCAACUGCGAAUCAGCCCAUAAAAACAAAGAAGGAGUGUUUGACCGAAUGAAAGUGGCUUUGGAUAAGGUUAUUGAAAUUGUGACUGACUGUAAGCCAAAUGGAGAGGCUGAUAUUUCAUCUAUCAGUAUUUUUACAGGAAUUAAAGAAUUCAAGAUGAAUGUUGAAGCUCUCCGGGAGAAUCCUUAUUUACAGUCCAAAGAGAAUCUUUCUGCAACAUUGGAAUUCAUCUUGGAGCAUACAGAGGAUUUCACUGAUUCAGCCUACACCAGCCAUGAGCACAGGGAACGCAUCUUGGAACUGUCGACUCAGGCGAGAAUGGAACUGCAGCAGUUAAUUUCUGUGUGGAUUCAAGCUCAAAGCAAGAAAACAAAAAGUAUCUCUGAAGAACUGGAACUCAGUAUUUUGAAAAUCAGUCACAGUCUCAAUGAACUUAAGAAAGAACUUCAUAGUACAGCGAUGCAGCUGGCAGCAGAUCUACUAAAACACCAUGCUGAUCACGUGGUUUUAAAAGCAUUAAAACUUAUUGGAGUAGAAGGAAAUUUAGAAACUUUGGCUGAAUAUGCUUGUAAACUCUCUGAACAGAAAGAACAGCUUAUUGAGACCUGUCGGUUGUUGCGACAUGUAUCUGGGACAGAACCUCUUGAAAUAACCUGUAUACAUGCAGAAGAGACAUUUCAGGUGACUGGCCAGCAGAUAAUUUCUGCUGCUGAAACACUGACAUUACAUCCAUCUAGUAAAAUUGCUAAAGAAAACCUAGAUGUAUUUUGUGAAGCUUGGGAGUCUCAAAUUAGUGACAUGUCAACACUGCUGAGAGAAAUCAAUGAUGUGUUUGAAGGAAGACGAGGAGAGAAGUAUGGCUACCUUUCACUUCCAAAACCAAUGAAGAGUAAUGCAAACCUGAAAUCAUUAAAGCCAGACAAGCCUGAUUCUGAGGAGCAAGCCAAGAUAGCAAAGCUUGGACUUAAGCUGGGUUUGCUUACCUCUGAUGCCGACUGUGAAAUUGAGAAAUGGGAGGAUCAGGAGAAUGAGAUCGUUCAAUGUGGACGGAACAUGUCCCGGAUGGCCUAUUCUCUAUAUUUAUUUACUAGAGGAGAGGGCCCACUGAAAACUUCCCAGGAUUUAAUUAAUCAUCUAGAGGUUUUUGCUGCAGAGGGAUUAAAGCUUACUUCAAAAGUACAAGCUUUUUCAAAACAGCUAAAAGAUGAUGACAAGCUUAUGCUUCUCUUGGAAAUAAAUAAGCUAAUUCCCCAGUGUCACCAGCUGCAGACAAUAAUUAAGACAUCUUUGCAGAAUAAAGUGAUUCUAAAGGUUGACAAGUGUAUUAUAAAGACAAGGUCCAUGAUGACUCUCUUGGUUCAACUUCUCUCCCUGUGCUAUAAGCUGCAGAAGAAGUUUCAGAUAGAAAAUAACAGGCGGGUCUCAGUUACCAAUAAAGACACCAUGGACAGUAAAACUUGAGAAGCUUUGGGCCAGAUCUUUGGAAUUUCAUGUGACAAACCUGACAUUUUUAAAAGCAAAUGAUGGUAUUUUCAGGAAUUCCUCAGUUUUAUAAAGAGAACAAUACUGAAAUCUUGCUUUAUUUUCUGAUCUUCAGACUGUGAAGCUUUCUGACAACUAAUAAAUGUGAUGGUAGUUGCUAGAAUUCUAA